UACGACAGAAAACUCCACACAGCCGGUAACUUGCUGCAGUGAAUAACGCUACCUUUCGCGCGUAGGCAACAGGAACACUUUGAACAUUUUUAGACACACAAAGAGAUAAAUGUGCCAAACUUCUACAGAUCAUUUGCUUUUAUCUAUAUCGGCCGCCAGGCAUGCAUCAUAUCCCUCAAAACUAACUAUGAGAUCAACAUCUUUUUAACGUCGGCCCUCUGUAACAUUCAGUAAAUUAGCAUUUCAUUUGAAGAAGACUUCCUUCUUCAUUUUGUGCACAUGGUCUUCUUGCUUUAGGCAUUUAGGGAAAGUCAAAUUGAUAUUUUAUCAGGGGUGUGCAAUUCCUUUCAGGAUGCUGGCGUCGAGCGCUUCUCGCCUGCUGCGGGGACUGAGCGCGUCCGUGCGGCCGGUGCGGCUGUUGAGCCGCACGGCGCCGGCGCUCGCGCCGCGUGUCCAGCAGCCGGCGCCCGACUUCAAAGGCCAGGCGGUGGUGGACGGCGAGUUCCGCACCGUCCAGCUGUCCGACUUCAAAGGCCAGUACCUGGUGUUAUUUUUUUACCCGCUCGAUUUCACAUUCGUGUGCCCCACCGAGCUGACGGCGUUCAGUGACCGUAUGGACGAGUUUCGUGCGCUCAACACGGCCGUCGUCGGCGUGUCCACCGACUCGCAGUUCUCGCACCUGGCGUGGAUCGACACGCCGCGGCGCAGCGGCGGUCUGGGCGGCCUCAGCUACCCGCUGCUCUCCGACUUCAGCAAGGCCAUCGCGCGCGAGUACGGCGUGCUGCUCGAGGACGAGGGCGUGGCUCUGCGCGGCCUCUUCCUGAUCGACCCGAGCGGCGUGCUGCGCCAGAUGUCGGUCAACGACCUGCCUGUGGGCCGCUCGGUGGACGAGACGCUGCGUCUGGUGCGCGCCUUCCAGUUUGUGGAGGAGCACGGCGAGGUGUGUCCGGCCAACUGGCAGCCCGGCGGCGCCACCAUCAAACCCAGCCCGGCCGAAUCCAAGGAGUACUUUGAGAAGGUGGAGUGAGGACGGAGCGAUAUCUGCUGCGAGCUUACCCGGUUAUAUCGUGGAGGUAGGGAUGUCUGUGAAAGGUUGUGAAAGUGAUUGCGAUUGAGGCGUAUGAUGUGAGUGGCUAGUCAUUAAAAUGCGGGUUUGGAAAGAGGAAACUCUAGUCUUGACGUUGAUCUUAUAUUGUGCGUACCUAAUUCAAAAUGGGACGGAGCCAAGUAUGAUGACAUGCCAGUCUUGCGUACCAAUACAAUAUCAUGUCUCUAU